UUCGGUGCGCCUGCGCAGUGCGGGCGCUGGGAGGGCCGCCCGAGCGGCAGAGCUGAGUGCGGGAAGCGGGACCUGCGGCCGCACUCUCACUUGCCGCAGGGUCGCGUAAGCUUGCUCGCUUGGCACAUCCCUCGUGUCUUCCGGCGGAGAGCUUGGGAUGUGGUAAUGUCAGCCAGACUUUUCAGAGCCCUGGCCGGAUCUCACUGUAUUUUAUCAAAAGUGUAUCAGUGCCAAAGACUUGCUCAUCGAACGUUAAAACCGCUUAAGGAAUUUGAGACUACAAUAUGCAGCACCGUGACGAGAAGCCAGAACUUGGAUUUAUUCUUUCCUGAGACAGCAGCGGGUGAUUUGAGUAAGUCCCAGGUCCUGGAAACAAGUCAGAAAAUACCAAAUACAAACAUACUGUCUCCAUUAAAUGCUGCACAUUGCCAGGGUGAAAAAGUGCACCUUCCGACCAGGAAAUCGUUUAGUACUCACAGGAAAGUGACUCACAAACCAAAUCUAUUAGGUUCUAAGUGGUUUAUAAAAAUAUUAGAGCGGCAGUACUCAUCUAUAUCAACGGAAACAGUUGUUCCUAAACAAGACUUUCCGCAAAUCAAGAGACCACUGAAAGCGUCGAGGACCAGGCAGCCAUCCAGGACCAACCUUCCAGUUCUCUCUGUGAAUGAGGACCUGAUGCACUGCACAGCGUUUGCAACUGCAGACGAGUAUCAUCUUGGAACUCUCUCUCAAGAUCUGGCCUCCCACGGAUAUGUUGAAGUAACAAGCUUGCCUAGAGAUGCAGCAAAUAUUUUGGUGAUGGGUGUGGAACAUUCUGCGAAAGAAGGUGAUCCUGGAACAAUAUUCUUCUUCAGAGAAGGAGCUGCUGUGUUCUGGAAUGUGAAAGACAAAACUAUGAAGCAUGUGAUGCAAGUCUUAGAAAAACAUGAAAUCCAGCCCUAUGAAAUCGCACUGGUGCACUGGGAGAAUGAAGAGCUUAACUACAUCAAAACAGAGGGACAGUCAAAACUUCAUAGAGGGGAAAUCAGGUUAAAUUCGGAGCUAGAUUUAGAUGACGCCAUUUUAGAGAAAUUUGCUUUCUCAAAUGCUCUUUGUCUUUCAGUGAAACUGGCUAUUUGGGAGGCAUCACUGGACAAAUUUGUUGAGUCUAUUCAGUCAAUUCCAGAGGCUUUAAAAGCUGGGAAGAAAGUGAAACUAUCUCAUCAAGAAGUUAUGCAGAAAAUGGGUGAACUCUUUGCCCUGAGACACCGUAUAAACUUGAGUUCAGACUUCUUGAUCACUCCCGAUUUCUACUGGGACAGAGAAAACCUGGAACAACUUUAUGAUAAAACUUGUCAGUUCCUCAGCAUUGCUCGUAGAGUUAAGGUCAUGAAUGAGAAACUUCAACACUGCAUGGAGCUGACGGAUCUAAUGAGGAAUCACCUGACUGAGAAGAGGGCACUCCGCCUGGAGUGGAUGAUCGUCAUUCUGAUCACCAUCGAGGUAAUGUUUGAAUUGGGACGAGUAUUUUUCCUGAUCAAGUGAUGGCCAAAGAAAAGCAUCAGUGCAAGGGAUAUUAAAGUUCUGCAAUCAAAAAUAAAUGCUCACUGUUGGGGGAAUCUCUUAUUUAGUAGGUAUUUAAUUUUUUUUAAUCAGAAAGUUGUGAUCUUUUUUAGCUCCUAAAUGUAUUGCUGCUUGAAUAAAAACUAUGACAAAUCUGGCGUUGAGGUCUUUAACUGAGAAGCUGAAAGGAAGGUAUUUUUAAAGAACUGUGGACAGCUUAGUACCUAAGAAAUCUAGGCAGAUACUUAUUAAAGCCAAAAGGCUUAGAUUUUGGACACUACCCAUCAUCUUUCUCCAGGAAAUCCCAAUCCUAGCCCUAAGUUCCCAUACAGGAACUCUGGAGUGUUGGGAGUAAAUACAUAAAAUACAGGUUUGUGAUGACAGAAGUGGAAUUUUCUUUACCUACUUUGGAUGACAUAAUUUCAGGAUAACUGCUCAUUGACAUUUCUCCUCUUCAUUAAUCAGUACUGUCCAUCCUUUCACUACCUACCUAGUCAGAAUAUUCUUCCCACAAACACUUUUCAUUUCACACAUAUUUUGGGGAAAUGAAAAAAUGCCAUAAAGAACUUGACAUUUAUGUGCUUACCAUCUUGAACUGGUAAACAUUUUUUUUGAUGUUUAUUUUUGAGAGAGUGCAAGCAGGGUAGGGGCAGAAGAGGGACAGAGCGUCUGAAGUGGGCUCUGUGCUGGUAGUAGAGAACCCGACAUGGGGCUUGAACUCACAAACUGAACCAUGAGGUCAUGACCUGAGCCAAAGUCGGACCCUUAACCAACUGAGCCACCCAAGAGCCCUGAUACACAACUUUUUAAGCAAGCCCUUUUUAUCUUCAUUUUUAUGCAUAACCCCCACUUGCCCCACUAUGCUUCCCACCACAAUGAAUUUAAAUGUUCUAGGUUUUCUUCAUACAUUAUACAGUUGACCCUUGAAAAAAUGGGGGGUUAGGGGCACCAGCCCCCCACAUAGCUGAAAAUCCGUGUAUAACUUUUGACUCCCCAAAAACUAGUUUUGGCCUGUUGACCAAAAGCCUCACCAAUAAGUCAGUUAACACAUUUUUUUCUUACAUGUAUUAUGUACUGUAAUCUUACAAUAAAGCAAGCUAGAGGAAAGGCUGAAAAAAUGCAUUUACAUACUAUACCGUAUUUAUGGAAAAAUCCACCUGCACAGGAGUGGAACUGCACAGUUCUUACCUGCUGUUCAGUUUAUAUCUCUGAACACAGUGUUACUGUUCUAAAUCGAGACACUUAUUUUGCAACUUAACUGCUACAGUGUUUCACCAAGAGAAUACAUAUUUAUACCCUUACUGCUGGUUUUUAUGUACUUAUUUGCUCUAACAGUGCAAAGGUAAACAUCCUGGCUUAUUUUCAGUUCACUGCAAGAGUUCUUGAGCAGCAAUCUGGUAGGUACGUUUCCCAAGGCUUCCCAAGAACACAUGGACAUCGAUAGUUCAAGAACAGCUUUCUAGACCUAAGUUCCAUGUCAGCACUCAGAAAACGGCCGUGCCUGUGUGUACACCUGCAGUCAAUGUACCAACCUAUUCUUUCCGAGCUUCCCUUCUCACACUGUACAGAAGACAUUUCUCACCCAUCUUGAAUCUCAGUUCCACCUACUGUAUUUAAAAACCUAUAAAUAUAUUUUAAAACCCUCCAGGAAACCAACAAGAAGACAAAUUUGAAAUACUGGCCAACAAAGCUUCCUAAUUUAAUAGGGAUCAUAUAAUCCCCCACCUAUUAAGAAGGGCACUUCCAAUAAAGUUUUACUUCAAUUAUCAGUAUGUACUCUACUGUUUGGGUCACCUUUGUGUUAAUUGUAACAAUUUUAACAACAAAAACAAACACCUGGUGUCUCGUGGUCCAGACAGAUUCUAACAUUUCAGCUUAUAUACAAGUAUGCUGCAAAGAUCAAAAGGAUAAUCAGUAAGACCUUCAAGCGUAAAAAUUUAUUAGGUAGACAUUUUUUGGGAAAAAUAUAACAUUUUCCAUAAGAAAAAGGAACGGCGUUAAGUCUGAAUCGCUUACUUAUGUUUAAAGGUUAUCAUGGUAGCCACCAACUCGUUAUGGUAGUACAUUGCACUAGAUACAUUAAAGGCAGAUAUAACAGAUUUUUAAACAUCAACAUUUGAUUCAUCAGAAACUACAUUUUUCAAAUACUUAAAUUCAUGCAAAAAGCUUCAACUUUUAAAAGUUAUAGAGAAGUUUUUA